AUGACAGCAGCAAAAAAAUCGAAAAAAACUGAUAUGAAAAAUAAAUCAUCAAAAUUAUCUGUAUCAGAUCAAUUUCAUGAAGAAUUUGAAGAAACACCAACAUGGACUGCUGUUAUUACUGUCCUUGGGUAUGCAAUACUUAGUUUACUUGGAUGGUUACGUGAUUUUCUUCGAAAUAUUGGUAUAGAAAAUAAAAAAACUUCUCAAGAUCCAAAUCCUAAAAAUUUUGUUCCACUUUAUCAAAGUUAUGAAUGUUUUUAUACGCGAAAUUUAUAUACACGUAUACGUGAUGUAUUUAAUCAACCGAUUGCAAGUGUUGCUGGAGCUACAGUUGACGUUAUGGAACGUAUUUCCGAUGAUUUUAAUUGGACAUUUAAAUUUACUGGAAAAAAAUUACCAUCAAUUAAUUUAGGUUCAUAUAAUUAUUUGGGUUUUGCUGAAAAUUCAGGUCCAUGUUCUGAACAAGCAAUAAAAUCAAUUGAAAAAUAUGGUCUUACAACAUGUAGUACACGUCAUGAAUUAGGUACACAAAAAUAUAUGAUCGAACUAGAAGAUUUAAUGGCGAAAUAUUUAAAUGUCGAAGAUUGUAUUGCAUUUGGUAUGGGUUUUGCUACUAAUGCUUUAAAUAUUCCUGCCCUUGCUGGAAAGGGUGAUUUAAUACUUAGCGAUAGACUUAAUCAUACUUCACUUAUACUUGGUGCUCGAUUAUCUGGAGCAGUUAUUCGUACAUUUAAUCAUAAUGAUAUCAAAGAUUUGGAAUUUCAAUUACGUAAUGCUAUUAUUCAUGGACAACCGCGUACAUGUCGACCAUGGAAAAAAAUUUUAAUCAUUGUUGAAGGUGUCUAUAGUAUGGAAGGUUCAUUAUGUAAAUUACCUGAAAUAAUUGAAAUAAAGAAAAAAUAUAAAGCUUAUUUAUAUGUGGAUGAAGCACAUUCGAUUGGUGCUAUUGGUUCACGAGGUCGUGGUGUUGUUGAUUAUUGGAAUGUUGAUCCUGAUGAUAUUGAUAUUCAUAUGGGAACAUUUACUAAAAGUUUUGGAUCAGCUGGUGGAUAUAUUGCAGGAAAAAAAUCUUUAAUUGAUCAUAUUCGGAUAUAUACACAUUCAGGAUGUUAUUCUCUGAGUAUGUCAGCACCUGUUGUAUAUCAAAUAAUAUCUGCAUUGAGUAUAAUUAUGGGACUUGAUGGUACAAACGAUGGCCAAAAACGUAUUCAACAAUUAGCUUGUAAUGUACGUUAUUUUCGUCGACAACUUGUUGAUAUGGGUUUCAUUGUAUAUGGAAAUGAUAAUUCACCUGUUGUGCCUGUUAUGAUUUUCAUGCCUGCUAAAAUAGCAGCUGUUAAUCGUGAAAUGUUAAAACGUGGUUGUGCCGUUGUUACUGUUGGAUUUCCAGCUACUUUACUUACUGAAUCACGUGUUCGAUUUUGUAUAUCAGCUGGUCAUACCAAAGAAAUGCUUGAUCAUGCUUUGAAAGCUAUGGAUGAAGUUGGACAUCUUGUAUCACUUCGUUAUUCGAACCGAAAUCAUUCACGUCGUUGGAAUGAACUUAAUCGAGCUAAUUAUGACAACGAAUAUAUCUCAUGCUAG